CGGCCGCCGCCAUCUUUCUCUCGGCACCGUGCAGCCAUGGGCCACCAGCAGCUCUACUGGAGCCACCCCAGGAAGUUCGGGCAGGGCUCCCGCUCUUGCCGCGUGUGCUCCAACCGCCACGGCCUCAUCCGCAAAUACGGGCUCAACAUGUGCCGGCAGUGCUUCCGCCAGUACGCCAAGGACAUCGGCUUCAUCAAGCUGGACUGAGCGCCGGGAGGAUGAGGCGACAGCCAGGAGCUCCCGCGGCCUCCCUGACACAUCUACAGCGUCUCGGCUCAGCCUUACUUAAUAAAUGAUCUCCUAACCCAGC